GUUUUAACCAUCAUGAAACCGUUUAUGCUGUUGUCUGUGCUAGUAGCGCUAGCCAGCGCACGUCCUGAAGCAGGCUACAGCUACAGCCCUCCGAGCACGUCGUACGGUGCACCCUCCAGCGGCGGAGGUGGAUUCUCCAGCAGCGGGGGUGGAUAUUCUGGCGGUGGUGGAGGUGGAUUUGGCGGAGGCGGUGGAUUUGGAGGCGGCGGCGGAUUCGGAGGAGGCGGUGGAUUCGGUGGUGGAGCUGGAGGCGGCGGAGGAUUCGGUGGAGGAAUCGGUGGUGGAUUUGGAGGAGGCGGCGGCGGAGGUGGAGGCGGCGGAUUCGGCGGCGGAUUCGGAGGUGGCGGCGGUACCACCAUCCAAAAACACAUCUACGUGCACGUACCUCCACCAGAACCCGAAGAGUUUAGGCCCCAAAGACCCAUCUCAGUCGGCCAGGCUCAGAAACACUACAAAAUUAUCUUCAUUAAGGCACCAAGCGCACCUACACCAACUGCACCAGUGAUUCCAAUUCAACCACAAAACGAAGAAAAGACUUUGGUUUACGUUUUGGUCAAGAAACCUGAGGAAGCACCUGAAAUCAAUAUUCCAACUCCUCAACCAACCCAACCAAGCAAACCAGAAGUUUACUUCAUCAGAUACAAGACACAGAAGACUUCAGCCGGAGGCGGUGGCGGCGGUGGUGGUGGUGGAUUCGGAGGUGGAUUCGGCGGUGGUAAGUAUUAGUUUGAUUGAUUAUAUUUUUCAUUUCUUUCAUUAUAGAAAUUACAAUGUUUAACUUUUAUUUAUUCCAAGAUACAUAAGUUUUUUUUUUUUUUUUCGUAGGAAUUGGAGGCGGAGCUGGAGGUGGCGGCGGAGGUGGAUUUGGAGGAGGUAUUGGCGGUGGAAUUGGAGGUGGAAUUGGCGGCGGUAUCGGCGGAGGCAUCGGCGGUGGUCACGGAGGCGGAAUUGGUGGUGGCGGUGGAGGUGACGUAUCGUCAAGUUACGGACCCCCAGGCAAAUCUGGCCCCUACUAAACCCCCUCAAACAGUCUCGGUGCCAUUUUGUCAACGAACAAACACGAUUCGCGACGUUUCAUUCAGCAUCACUCGACAUCAUCAAUAUAUUAGAAGACAGCCUCCAUGACCCGCACCAAUAAAUGUUGCGAUUCUCCAGUUUGUCCGUCACCAGAUGGCGCCGUUCUUAUCUCUUUUGUAUAGUGAUCUUAUUUGCUUAAUAUUUUUCUCUGAAUAGAAAAUGUUUCGCAACUUUUCUCAGUCGUCCGCCCUGGCGGGUAAAAAUCGAAUCUCCAUGUUUUCAAGACUUAUAAAAAGUCGCCGUAUAUGUAAAUUUUUUCUGUGGAGAUUUUCGUGAUUUUUACGAGCUUAGGGCGGGUGACAAUUUUGUAAAUAUUCGUGCAAUAUAUUUUAUGUUAUAUUUUUUGUAUAUUUUAUAUUUUAUUUUUGUAUAUUUUUUUUAUUUUUCGAGAACAAAAUACGGUGACAAAUAGAAUGUAUUUAAGUAAAAAAAAAGAAUUUUAUUUGAAAGCUUUCGGCCUGUAACAUGGUGCUAAAUUUUUUUUAUCACUUCGGCUGGAAAUUAAUUCUAACUUCACCCUUCACCAACUUUAAUAAUAAUGAAAAUUACAUACCUAUGUUUACUAGUUGAUGGGCCUGUCUCUGCCAGACAAUGCAAAUAAAUUGUUU